AGCAGAAGGAAAGGAAGAAGCUGGAACCUUCCUUGUUUCUCUAAAUUGGUCUAAAGAAAGUUUUUCAUUUUCGAAUUUUCAAGAACCAUGUGCGCACCUCCUAAACUUUCUCUCUCUCCCUCUCUAUAAGUUUCAUCCCAUCCCAGCCCAUGCUAAAUAAAUACAUCGCUAACCAGUCCAAACCCGGAUAAGCAGACAGCGGCAUUAGAACACGAUCACUACUAUUCACCGGCAUCGAUCUUUCUUCAUCAUUAAACCAAUAACCCACUCCUCCGAACAAACCAUAUAAGAGAAAUGAGGCAACUCCGCUCUCUUGUCUUAACCUUGAGCUUUCUCCUUGUUUUUCUUUCAGCUGGGUCAUCCAAUGCGGCCUUGCUGCCAUUCGUUGAUCGCCGCCCAGAAAGUUUGCUGGUUGAUCUCUGGUCGGAGCGCUUCCCAGACCCGUUCCGAGUGCUAGAACAGAUCCCAUUUGAACUUGACAAAGAAGACGGCGUGGCACUCUCUCCAGCAAGGGUGGACUGGAAAGAAACGCCAGAGGGUCAUGUUAUAAUGUUAGAUGUGCCGGGAUUAAAGAAGGAAGAGCUGAAAAUCGAGGUGGAGGCGAACCGAGUUCUGAGAGUGAGUGGAGAGAGGAAGAGGGAAGAAGAGAAGAAAGGGGAUCAUUGGCACCGAGUUGAGAGGUCUUACGGAAAAUUUUGGAGGCAGUUUAGGCUGCCAGAGAACGUGGAUUUGGACUCUGUCAACGCCAAGUUGGAGAAUGGGGUUCUCACUUUGACACUGGCCAAGUUAUCCCCUGAUAAGAUCAAAGGUCCUAAGGUGAUUAGCAUCGGUAGCACUGGAGGACAUGAGGACGAACCUGCUCAGCUCAAGGCUAGUGAGGUCAAGCAAGAGCUUUAAAUAAUUCACUGUUUUGCAACUUUGUGGGAUGAGUGAGUCCAAAAAACAAAAAGCAAAAAAAACUUUGUGGGAUGAGUAAAUGAUGAUUUCGUAUCACUCUGCUUGCUUGCUAUUAUAAAAUAAAGUUUGUAACUGUUUCUUUUUUUCAGAUGUUGUUUGAAGUUAAUAAAACUCCCUCGUCUGUAAAACUCUUAUUGUAAAACUCACUCAAUAAUCUUGAUCCCAUGCCAUCCAUGGUGGGAAAUAUGCCUCA